GUUCCCAUUCAUUUUAGAGCGCGCCGACCUCUUGUCGAAAAAAAUCUCCCCGACGCAGUCUUACUGCCCACGCGCCGAUCGCGAUGCCUCUCUCCAAACAGAGUCUGCUGCUCGGGCUAGUAGGAGGGGGGGAGUCUUCAGCCGCUGCAAUGUUGUGGCAGGCGAGCACGUGUAGUUUUUCCUGUCCUGGAGAAUAAUAUCCCUUUCCCGGAUCGAGAUAUAUAACGCGAUGUGCCGUUGAGCCGACUGGUCACCAACAUCUGCGCAUCAAGACAAAUCAUCAGACACAGCGGCGGAAGAGGCUAAACCGUCAAUCAAGUCUUAUCCGCGAUGGGCUCCCUUCGUCAGCUCGCCCUGGCCUUUGCGCCCCUUGUCGUCUCCCUCCUCACCUCGACGACACGCGCCUCCGUCAUCAUCGCAGAGCGCUCCGUCGCCGAGCUCGCCACCGAGCAGUCCAUCGCCCCGCGCGCGGUGGCCCCGUCCGCCUACUUCAAGCUCAACGAGCCCUCGCACGACCUCUUCCGGCACAAGACGCUCAAGGACGACACCGUGCAGCAGAGCUUCGCCUUUGACCAGAAGAACCGCCGGCUCUUCGUCGCCCAGCGCAAGAACGGGACGCCCGGCGACAAGGGCGACCUCUGCAUCACCGAGCUCGACUUCUCCGGCAAGUACGUCGGCCACAUGUACGUCCUGGGCUCCGGGCACGGCGUCGCCAUCGGCGCCGAGCCCGUGGGCGCCGACACGUUCCUGUGGACCGAGGCCAACUGCAAGAGCAACGGCUACGGCGAGAGGCUCGCUCGCUUCAAGUGGGCCAAGGGAAAGACGGUGAAUGUCGGCAGCGGCUCCAACGCCGUCACCAAGUUCAAGCCCUUCCCCUCCUCCAGCAACAUCAUCUGCAACAUCAACGGCCUCGACCAGUCGCUCGUCUGCCGCUACAGCUGCAAGGAGGGCAAGUGCCUGGCCGGCUUCGCCAUCGACAAGGCCCGCAAGGGCGACUUUUCGGCCCCGCUGUACAACGUCCCGCAGCCGGCGCUCAAGGGCCGCUCCGACGUCUUCCAGGGCUACGUGGCCUACGGCUCGUACGUCUACAUGCUGAGCGGCACGUCCAACGACAUCAACCAUGGGAAGCUCGACUCCGAGGUCACCAGCGUCGACGUCAACACCGGCAAGAUCAAGCAGGGUCCCGUCUUCACGGAAGCUGGCAAGUCUCUAGAAUUCCGGGAACCUGAGGGCAUGGGCGUCUACACGACCGCCGCUGGCGAACCGCGUCUCUUCCUCGGCUUUGCGUCCGGCAAGGCUGGCGAUCGCCGCUGCAACCUGUUUUAUAAGAACGUCUUGGUCAAGCCAUGAAGCCUUGCAUAGCCCUGCGGCUCCUGCCGAUGCGAUGCACUCCCACUAGAUGCGAGCCCUAUACGAGCUCGAUUUAAAUCUUAAUAAUUCCUUG